UUGCAAAGAAGAAAGUGAAGGUUUUGAAUUGUAUUCUCCCUUGAGAAGCAAAUCAAUGGCUCCUUUUCUUUUUCUUUUUCUGCUGUUUUCUUCUCAGUUGGUCAGUGGAAUGAACACAAAGCUUCCAUCUCCAUCCUAUGGUAACCUUAUUACCAUUCUCAGCAUAGACGGAGGUGGUAUCAGAGGUCUCAUUCCUGCUGUACUUCUUAAUCACUUGGAAAAAUCUCUUCAGGCAUGGGAUAAAAGUGCAUUGCUAGCAGAUUAUUUUGAUGUGAUAGCAGGGACUAGCACAGGAGGACUCAUGACUGCUCUGCUAACUGCACCUAAUCCACAGUACCCCACUCGUCCUCUCCUCAAUACCACUCAAGUCAUUCAGUUCUAUCAAAAUUAUGGCCCUUCAAUCUUCAAUAAUGAAAAUAGUGUUUGGAAUAAUUCAUUCCCAGGUCCCAAGUAUGAUGGCAAGUUCUUGCAAAACUUAGCAAGUGAAUUACUGCAAAACACACGACUCAGCGAAACACUGACAAAUGUUGUGAUUCCAACCUUCGACCUUAAGAAACUUCACCCAGUUAUCUUCUCAAACUUUCAGCUUAAGGAAGUUCCUAGCUUUGAUGCAAAACUGUCUGAUAUAUGCAUUGGAACCUCAGCUGCACCAACUUAUCUACCACCUUAUUACUUCAAAAAUGGCGACACUGAAUUCAAUUUGAUUGAUGGUGGAGUUGCAGCAACUAAUCCGGCUAUGGCUGCUUUGACAGAAGUGAUAAAGCAACAGAAGGAGAAGAAUCCUUACAUGACUCGUAAGAAUUCAAAGGAAAACAUCAAUAUCUUGUUGCUGUCUAUAGGUUGUGGAACUGCAGAAGCUGUUGGUGUUGAUGCCCAAGUUGCAGAACACUUCUCAGCAAAUCAAUGGGCAGCAACAGGCCUCGCAACUGGUGCUUAUGAUUAUGGUUCCAAAGAAAUGACCGAGUUUUACAUUUCCACUGUCUUUCCUGGCCUCCAAUCUUCAGACUACUACCUUCGAAUUCAGGAAUAUAACUUGGAUCCAUCCAUGGCUGGCCUUGACAAUGCCACUGCUGUGAACUUGAAAAAUCUUGAAAAGGUUGGGUAUAACCUGCUGAAUGAACCAGUUUUGAGGAAGAAUGUUGCCACUUUUGUCCCAGAGGAAGAAGAAGAAUGGGGUACAAAUGCUCAAGCUCUUGAAAGGUUGGCUGAGGUUCUGUACAGAGAGAAAAAGCUUCGCACUAAGAGAAAGAAAUCAAUGGAGAAAAUGGGACGACCAUUUAUUAAAAACGUUGUUGGACAAACAAGUUAUUAGAAAUGCAUGAUGAAUAAAUGUACUAAAAUGUGCAUAGACUAUUGAGUUCUAUGCUUAUGGAAAAUAAACACAUCAUGGAUGGUGAAUGUUUUGUCCACAAACUUUAAUAUCUAUUUUGACUCUUUCUCGGAAGAAAAAGUGGUUUUGGUGAUGCA